AUGGCGUCCAAUAACAGUUUCCAUGGCAACCGAUCCGUGGAAGAGGCGGAAAUGUUGAAGUUUGUGUUUUCCAUCGAGUCCGUUCUCAUACCUAUAAUCAUCUGCAUCGGACUGAUUGGAAACACCAUAUCGGCCAUCGUAUUUUUCCAGCCCAAUCUGCGAAAGACUUCGUGUUCACUGUAUCUGGGAUCGCGCGCUAUUAGUGACAACGGCUUUCUCGUCUCGCUCUUUGUGAUCUGGAUUCACAACAUGCGCGUGGACGUGUUUCGAGCCCCGGGGAUGUGCCAAUGUGAGGUGUUCUUUUCGUACCUCUGCGCUUUCCUCUCUGUCUGGUACGUCGUCUGGGUGACGGUGGAGAAUUACUACAGAAUUUGCCGUCCAUUCAAAGUGGCCACAUUCUGCACGGUCAGGAAAGCAAAGAUCGUCAUCUGUGUGACUUUAAUUAUCGGUUGCUGCUUCUAUUUCGUUUCCUUAAUCACCACCACCACAUCACUGUACAGAGGGAUUAGAGAUUGUGUCGGUCAUAGGGAUUACAUGUUGAUCAACACCAUUUUGUCGUACGGAGACACCUUGGUCACUUUGGUGAUACCGUCCGUUGUGAUCAUCUUAACAACGGGCAGAAUCGUCUACAGCCUAAUUCUCUCGUUUAAAAAGAAACAAGCACCGACGAAAAAAGGCUCAGGGGCAAUGCAGACGAAGGUUACUCGUCUUCUCUUUUUCGUCAGUCUUAUUUUCUUGGUCUUGAAUCUACCCAGUCACACAUUCCGUCUGAAAAUGACAGUGGAAUCCUGGAUUAGCGACAGCUUGGCGCAAAAUAUGACUCCGACGAACUACUUAUUACAACAUCUAUUCCAGCAAGUCUACUAUCUUAGUUUUUCAAUAAACUUCUUCCUCUAUGUCACUUUAGGAGAAUCCUUCCGCCAGACAUGUCUUCAGGUAUUCUGCAAGGGACUACAGGGAAGAUUGCAGAGAAAACGGUCGGAAUGCACGUCUGACAAAAAUCAGUCAGAAACGUCUGUCCGUUUACUGACCACAAAUACCGCGACAGGUUCUGGGUAA